AUGUUGAUCCUACUAUUAGUAGCGGUUGCUCAGCAUAUCGUUAAUGGCCAGUACUACGUAUCAUCGUACCCUGCGCCACCCCCGGCUGGUCCCUACGUGUCACAACCUCCACAAUGCGGUUGCUGCUCUCCUCCUCUGAACAUCCCCGCCCCUCCAGCGUGUCCUGUCUACGUCACACUUCCAGCCCCACCACCAAUGACGGUCCAACCUCCCCCGUUGCCACCAAUGAUGAUAGAAUUGCCUUGUCCUCCUCCAAUUACUGUUACGCCACCACCAGCGCCUCCAGUAAUGGUUAACCCUCCACCAUUGCCACCAAUGACCAUCACUCCUCCUGCCAUUCCACCAAUUUGCGUGACACCUCCUCCUCCGCCUCCCAUGUGUGUGACGCCUCCUUGUCCUCCCACGAUGUAUGUAAACCCACCUAUGCCACCAGCGAUAUUCUUGGAUCUUCCCCUACCACCUCCGAUCGUGAUUGAGCUGCCUCCUCCACCACCGAUUGUUGUACAACCACCACCUCUGGGCCAGAUUAUGAUCCAGCCACCUGCAAUGCCACCAAUGCCUGUGCAGCCACCACCACUACCGCCAAUGAUGGUUCAGCCACCCUCACCACCUCCGAUGGUGAUUGAGCUACCUCCGCCAACGCCUAUAACCGUACAACCACCAUGCCCACCCCCGAUGUGUGUGCAGAGUCCUCCUCCUGCUCCUAUCAACGUGCAGCCUCCUCCGUUACCUCCAGUAAUGGUGCAGCCUCCCCUACCUCCUCCGAUGUGCAUCCAGCCACCUGCCCUAGAGCCGUUCUGUGUGCAGCCCCCUCCUCCCACUCCUAUCUGCUUCCAGUCAUCCCAGCCGUCAUGCGGUUGUGGUUGCUCUCCCUCGCCCAUCUACUUGUGA